CUGCGAUUGUAUCACACUUCCAGAGACGGAUGGCAGGCAGAGGAGAAACACCGGCGCUCAUCACAGCUCUCACCAUAUUGGCUGUGUUUCACUCGUUUGCACCGUGCCACGGAGCAAACGUUAAAAUCGGAGUCCCCGAAAACUAUGACGGCAUCUUCCCGUGGUAUCUAGCCAAGCUCCACAGCUUGCCGGUUAAUUACAGUGACCUGGUGGUGACGGGAGAUGAUGAGGGGAUAUUUGGGAUUGACGCCCAGUUUCUGUAUGCCCUAAAACCACUGGACAGGGAGAAGCAACCGUCUUACUCUCUGCAGGUGUCCUUCAGAACAUCGGUGCAUCGUCAGAGCUUCACCGUUGAAGUGUGUGUCAUUGACAAGAACGACAACGUGCCUGCUUUCAUAGAGGAGAGCAUGAGAGGCAGCGUGCAGCUGGGGCUUCUCAAAGGGAUCCCAUUCAUGCAGGUGGAGGCGCGAGAUCGAGACGAUCGCAUCACGGCCCACGCUGACCUGAGGUUCAGCCUGAUGGAGCAGACGCCCAGGAUUCCCUCCAGCCAAAUGUUCUUCAUCGAUUCCAUCACCGGAGAAGUUUCCCUCACUGAAGAAGGAGCCUCUACGCUGGACCCAGAGAUGUGUGGCCGCUAUAAGCUCUCGGUGAUGGUGAAGGACAUGGGCGGGAAGGCGAACGCUUUCUUCACCACUGGCAUCGUUACCGUAGAGGUGACAGGAAACACGUGGGCGUCACCCGACCCUGUGCGACUUCAGGAGAACCUCCCAGGUCCUUACCCCAUACCCAUCUCACAGGUCAAAUGGAGUGGAAGUCAGGCGCAGUACAGUCUGGAGGGGGAGUUUCCAGAGAUGCUCUUCACCAUCAGCAGAGAAGGAGUCAUUUAUCUCAACGCUCCUCUGGACAGGGAGACGCAAGACCAGUUUCAAAUCAGCAUCGUGGUCGAGCGUCCAGAUGGCAGGGAGAUCGCCAAGCCUGUGGAGUUGCGGGUGAUGGUGGGCGACGCCAACGACAACAGACCCACCUUUCCACAGGCACAGUACCAUACCGUGGUGAAGGAACUGGCUGCACGAGGGACGGAAAUCCUCACGGUUCAGGCGGCUGACAACGACGACCCCAAAACAGACAACGUGAGGAUCUUCUACCGUUUGAUUGGACAGAUUCCAGAGAGCCCUCGCGCCCUCUUCAGAGUGGACCGUGACUCAGGGGUCAUCUCUGUCCAGGCAGACAGCAUGGAGGGCACAGCGCCGCAGUACACCCUCACCAUCACGGCUGAAGAUGCCAAAGGUCUGAACAGUUCCUGCACUGUGGUGGUGACGGUGCAGGACGAGAACAACAACCCGCCGGUCUUCUCUCAGCACGAGUACGGACCCUACCACAUCCCGGAGGACGCUCCGGUGGGCACCACGGUGACAGCUGUGCUGGCGGGGGACGCAGAUGUGCGGGGCGGGGACAGCUGGCAGGUGAACUACCGCUUAGAGUCCGGAAACGAGGAGGAGGUCUUCGCCUUGGUGACGGACAGGCAGACCAACGAGGUGUCGCUCGUGCUCUCGAAGGUGCUGGACUUUGAGCGUGACUAUGAGUACAUCCUCGUGCUCAGCGCCCAGAAUCCAGUGGCUCUAGUUCGCGGAAGAUACGGACCCGCGUCCACGGCAACCGUCUCCAUUUAUGUGGACGAUGUGAACGAGGGUCCCAUCCUGUCGCAAAGCCAUUACGAGGUGACCGUCCGAGAGGGGGAGGAACCGGGACGGGUCAUCGCCACCAUCCGAGGUUACGACCCCGAUUCUCACCCAAUAAGGUAUUCCCUUCAAGGGGACACCAAGAAAUACUUUUCCAUAGGGAAGUAUUCGGGUGAACUUAAGACUGUGCAGGCCUUGGACAGAGAGGAGAACAGCACGUACACCAUGGAGGUGAUUGCAGUGGAUGGACGAAACUCCUCGUUAUCUGCGUCCACCCUGGUCACCGUUCAGAUCCUGGAUGUGAACGACAACAGUCCAGUGCUGGUGGGAGACUACUCCUGGAAGUACCUGUGCACGCCUCGCUGGGAGGACCAAGCCCUGGUGCUGGCUUCACGGGACAGCGACGGACCGCAGCACGGGGGACGACUCAAUUUCUCGCUCCGCAGUGACGCCACGGUCCGACGUAACUGGAAGCUAACGCCUAUUAACGACACUCACACCAACCUGUCCUUAAACAUCCCAUACCUGGCCCCUGAGGUCUACACUGUGCCCUUCACCAUCUCUGACAGCAGCUCCCCUCCCAGGAGCACCUUCAUAAACUUGCCAGUGACGGUAUGUCCCUGCAACGUCAGAGGGAACUGCAAAAUGGCAGCCAAGCAGCUGGAGGGCAUGCCAACGAUUCAGUCUGCGGUGGGCAUACUGCUUGGCACCUUUGCAGUCAUAGGAACUAUCCUCAUCGUUGUAUUUGUAAGACUGUCCUACCAGAACCCCAAACGGCCAAGCAAAACUAACCAGGAGAGGGUCCCCCUGAAGAUUUCAAUCUGACCAGGACGGUAUUUGCGGUGUCUUGCUGACUGGACACGCAUUAAGUGUCAUGAAUGUCUAAAUAUGAAUGUAUGUUUCAUUUAUUGAAUCUGUUCAGAUGUGCACAGCAUGUAUUUUAGUUUAGCCCAGUUUUCCAUUAUAUGUUGAACACUGAAGCCUCUGCCUUGUUUUUUUUCUUUUCUUUUUUUUUUUUUUAUUGCUGUAGAGCUGUUUGUUUCUAAAUGGUUAAUUGACUACAAAAUAUGGACAAAAUAUGUAGAGCAUAGUUAAGUGGACAGCUUUACAAAUAAAUAUAUUUUAAGAAUGCAUGUACCAGUUAUUCAUUCUUGUUAUAUUUACGUUACACUUCUUGUCAUUGUAUUAUCAGCUUUUUCCAUUUCCAAGUUCUAAUUAUGACAAAUUAUGAACAAUAUAAAUCAUCAGAAACCUGCUUGUAAAUGCUGAGAUUUGAUUGUAUGUAAUUAUGUAUUAUAUUGUAUAUGUAAACAAAUCAAUAGAAUUAAAAUGCA